CAGGCCUGGGCUAGUAGUGCCAUCGCUCGGGUUGUCUCGGGGAAGAGGCUGGGGAGCAGCCUUUGUGGGUUGGCGGCCGUUGUUCCUUGUGUAGAAGGGACCGCGGGAGGGCGGCGUGUACCCGCUGCGAGGGAUGGUGCAAAAUAUGAUUCCAAAAUCAUGGAGAGCCAUGAAACUCUACUUCACUACUGUUUACCAAGAAAUAUGGGUUGGUCUAUCAUUAACAGCUUAUGCCUAUUACAGAAUUUCAUACGGUGGCAAAAAAGCAGUGGCGGAUAAGUCUUCUGGCCAUCAUUAAAGAUCUCUUGGAGAAUGAAUUUGGUGUUUGCUCAUCUUUGCUGUAAAUGAAGCAAGUUACAACCAUAGAGAAGUUAAUUCUAAAACUGUACCUGAUCCCUCUGCUGUGCUUAUAAAUAUGUUGAGCAAGAAGGAAUUAAACAUGUUGGAUAAAGUGUA